GCGGUGUGACGUUGGACGGCGGCCAGGACGCAGGCGUGGGGCAUUUGCAGCCAGAGAGCCUCAGCGGCGUCCUUGCGCUCUGUCGCCCUGCUUCUGUGCUCCGCGGCGGCGGCCCGAUAGUUCGCAGGUGGACAGAUGGCGUUUGUGAAGAGUGGCUGGUUGCUGCGACAGAGUACUAUUUUGAAGCGUUGGAAGAAGAAUUGGUUUGACCUGUGGUCAGAUGGUCACCUGAUCUAUUAUGAUGACCAAACUCGGCAGAGUGUUGAGGAUAAGGUCCACAUGCCGGUGGACUGCAUCAACAUCCGCAUGGGGCACGAGUGUCGGGAUAUUCAGCCUCCAGAUGGGAAGUCAAAAGACUGUAUGCUGCAGAUUGUUUGCCGAGAUGGGAAAACUAUCAGUCUUUGUGCAGAAAGCACAGAUGAUUGUUUGGCCUGGAAAUUUACACUGCAGGAUUCCAGGACAAACACAGCUUAUGUUGGCUCAGAAGUCCUGUAUGAUGAGACAGCUGUGGCUUCUUCCCCUCCUCCUUACACAGCCUAUGCUGCACCAACCCCUGAGGCAUAUGGCUAUGGUCCAUACAGUGGUGCGUACCCUCCAGGAACUCAAGUUGUCUAUGCUGCAAGUGGACAGGCUUAUGCUGUACCCUACCAGUACCCGUAUGCAGGACUUUAUGGACAACAGCCUGCCAACCAGAUCAUCAUUCGGGAGCGGUAUCGAGACAGCGACAGUGAUCUGGCACUGGGCAUGCUGGCCGGAGCAGCCACCGGCAUGGCCUUAGGGUCUCUGUUCUGGGUCUUCUAGAGUCCUUCAGAUCUGGAUGUGCAUAGCUUCUGAUACCCUGUGUGCAAUAAUAUAAUUUGCAGGGCAUUUCUGUUGGUGAUAAAUGUUUUUAAUAAUAGUUUAAUUGUUCUUUUGAAAGUGAUGACAUCAUAGUUCUAACUAAUCCAUACACGUACUAUAGAGAAGGCUUCUGAUUUGUGUUUAGCUAAAACAUGGAAUCUCUGGGGCACUGGCUCAUUCCAGGAGUUUCAUUCUAGAACUCUUGGAAUACCUUAUUUUGGACAUACCUAUCUAGAAUGGCAUUUUCUUUUCAGAGUUAGGUAUAGUGCUUAAGGGAUAAUUUAGUGUUCUGUUUAUAUAUGGUGAUGUAUGAGUGAGCAAUGUGGCAAGGAGAACUGCAUCUUCUUUCUGUUUAACAUUGAACUUUGAAGCCUUGGAUCAGAGCUGGCUGCAUGUAACUUCAGGAGUUGUGGACUGGUAAGCAACCAGGAACUUCCCUGAGGCAGUGGGGUGGUAUCCCCAGGACCUCUGGGGCCAGCAAGGCUGACUGCUCAGGAUGAUGGGGUAGGGUCAGCCCCCCUCCCCACCCUCCUCCCUCCCCACCUUCCUCCCCACCUCCUCUUAAAAUGAUGCUUCUUUAUUUUAUUCUUUGUUUUUUUUGGGUAUUAUCCUUGGAAAAUAUCCCAUAUUAGGAAUUGGCUUGCGCCUCAAAGUUUUAUCCUUUAAAACUUGAAGAAGCCAAAACAGUUUGAAGUAUGUGGAGGUAGAUGUGCUUUAUUCAGAGAAGACCCUAUGUUUUUAGUGUCUGCUUUGGAUAUUUUUAUUGCCACAUCAGCCUACUUAUAGCUUAUUUUGCUACUUGUUGAGAAAGUGGUAUUAAGAGUGGUGAGGAAAUGGAAUGAGAGCCAUACUUACAGUGUGACUGUGUCAGGCCUCUGGGGAUCACACUGUGCAGAGGGUGCUCUUUUCCUCUCUUCUAUCCUUCUGAAGAGCAGGUGUCCUGCUUUGUGCAGGACUGGGGCACUGUGAUUGUCCCCCAAGCACUGGGGUUCAUGGAGCCCUGGUGAUGUAUAGGGGGGGCUCUUGGGACCAUGGCUGUUGGGGAGACUCAGGUUACAGAUGGGAAAUGAUUGCCUAAGGACAUGAAUGACCUUCUGUCAAGGUAUUACUCAGCUUGACCAGGACAUGGGCUUUGCUUUUAUUCCUGACACAGAAGCUUAAACCAUGUAAUUUUGAGCCCCAGCUAUGUGUGAAGCUCUGGAAAACCCAUAAUCCUGCACUUCUGUUAUUUCUUUAUAUGAAUUUGUAAAGCCCAAAAUUAGUCCAGUCUUCUGUCCUGCAACCUUUAAAAAAUGUACUUCCACCAAGGCAGUUUAGCACAAUAACAGUCCCUACGCUGGCACUCCAAAAUACACUCCCUAGUAGCACAAAUUCUGUUUUUAUUUUCUGUGGCCAGUUACAUGCAUAACUUGUUUCAUAGGUCAACUGACUCCAUCUCUGAGCAGACUUAAAUAGAUCUCCAUAUGAAGCCAUCUGCCAAACGACCUUGAUGUCAGGUCUGUUUUCCUGGGCAGUUCUGCUGAACUUACACUGUAGAGUCUGUUUCUAGUUGAAAGGAGGUGCACUUGACUGUCACCCCUUUGGAUAUUUGAGACAGUGGAAAAUUGCCAACUGUGAUUUGUGACAAGGUUGGUUUUGAUGAUUAAAAAUGUUGCUCUUAUGAUUUUACAUCCUUUGUAGUAAGAAUGGCUUUGUUUAGAUAGUCAUUAUUAAGAGCUGUAUGCUUUACUAAUAAAAUAUUAAACAGUU